AUGAAAUCAAAACAAAAACAAUAAUUUAUUAUUGAGAUGAAAAGUUAAGGAUGUAGUAGUUAACUACAAUUGAGUUAAAAAAUUAUCAAAACAGAUGGUGAUGAUUCUAAUAUGCUCUUGCCAGAAUCUGAUAAAGAUGAACUUGGAUAAAGAUUGAAAACAGAAGAAAGCAGAAGCAAACCAAUUAAAGAACUUAGAUUUAGUCUCAAGAAUCAAGUUUGGAUAUUUGAUAGAAAUCAAAAAAGACAUUAAUCAUACAAAUCACCAUCUCCUAUUAGAACUCUAAAUUCCCCUUCAAUUCUAAAAAAUAAAAAUGCAAUAACGAAAUAAUUAAAUCAUGACAAUAUUAUUUAAAUUAAUCAGCCAUAAUGA